AUGCUCCGCCGACAGAGCGCAAGAGGAGAGUGGAUUCCCUCGGACGGCCACUGGCCCGUAGACCCACAGGAAGACGUCCCUGUGUCGCAGGACCGCAUAUGGGUGGACGGCUGUUUCGACUUUGCCCACCACGGACAUGCGGGCGCUAUGCUCCAGGCCCGCCAGCUGGGCACUGAGCUGCUCGUGGGCGUGCACUCGGAUGAGGCCAUCCUCGAGAACAAGGGCCCAACCGUAAUGCGCCUGGACGAGCGUGUCAUGGCCGUCGAAGCCUGUCGAUGGGCUACGAAAGCGAUCCCAAGAGCACCCUACGUGACUUCGCUACCAUGGAUCACACACUACGGCUGCCAAUACGUCGUGCAUGGCGAUGACAUCACGUCCGAUAGCGACGGCAAGGACUGCUACCGCUAUGUCAAGGCCGCAGGAAGAUUCAAAGUCGUCAAGCGCACCCCAGGCAUCUCGACGACCGACCUCGUAGGCCGCAUGCUGCUGUGCACAAGGUCACAUUUCAUACAAUCGCUGCAGAAGUGGCUCUCGGGAGACGAGGGCCCAGGUGGCGAGGCGGAGCGCUUAGAGACUGGGCAAGCCAUGUUGCAGCGCAUCAAAGACUAUGCGACGGACGCGACAGGUCGUGCGCCUGGUUGUGACGUCUGGUACUGGCAUGCUUCUCGACCCGCCAAGCUACGGAGGACGACUACCAGUAACACGACGAGCGAACAGCAGCAUCGGCCAGGCACCAUUCGCCAGGAAUCAUCCGCCUCGCAGCUUGGUCCCGUGAAAGAAGAAAAGGGCACCUUCCACGAGUUAGUACAAGGCAAAGGAGUAAGGCCAGGCCAAGUGGUCGUCUAUGUGGAUGGAGGAUGGGAUCUGUUCUCCUCUGGACACAUCGAGUUUCUCAGGCUAGUCACGCAGUCGGAGGAAAACGCCGCAAAAGCACGGGGUUGGUACACGGAAGAGGCCAAGAAAGAACGAAUAGAAAAGGCCGGCGAAGACUACGGCCCCGUCUUCCUCGUGGCAGGUAUCCACGAAGACGAGGUCAUUAAUCACUGGAAAGGCAUCAACUACCCCAUCAUGAACAUCUUUGAGCGCGGUCUCUGCGCGCUGCAGUGUAAAUACAUCCACUCCGUCGUAUUCGGCGCCCCCUUCUCGAUAUCGAAAGCUUUCCUCCUGACCCUCCCCUACAAUACUCCCCAGAACCCCACACUACCCUCCACUCCCACCACCGGCAACACCCUACCGCUCGUCUACCACGGCAUCACUUCUUUCAUGCCACUCACCUACGACCCUUACGCCGUGCCCAAGGCCCUGAAAAUAUACCGCGAAAUCGCUAACCACGAGUUCCAAAAUGUAAACUCUGCUGAGAUUGUGGCGAGAAUCAUGAAGGGUAGGGCCUUGUUUGAGGAGAGGCAGCGGAAGAAGGGAGAGAAGGGCGUGGGCGAGGAGGUGGAGAAGUUGAGGCAGGAGUUGGAGAGGGAGCAAAGAAGGAAGGAGGUGGAGGGGCAGUUUGGUCUCUAA